GAGAGGCAGGGCGGUCGGUGAUUCUUGAUGACACAACUUUGACAACAAAUGCCGCUACCCUCGCCAGCGAUAUACUAGGAACAAUGCGUCAGUCUGAAGCUCGGGAGCCUACAGUUGUGAGGGAAAAUUUGACACAUCGCAGGUUCCGCGCACACGGUCCGGCUCUAAACAUGAAAGACGACACUGCCGCUGUAGGCACGGCGGCAAAGGUUGCAUGUAAGACUUUAGUCAAAGAAACAAGAUCGUUAGAUCCGGGUUUGCGGAGAUCUCGCGAAUCUGUGGGUGGACCAAGAUCCAGAGCCACACGAUGAUGAAAGACUCAGGCCGGCGGUGGACACAUCAAGCGUCAGACAUUGGAGCGCCUGUCGUUGACGCGUCGAACACAGCUAUCGUCAAAGGUGCGUCGCGACGGGCCUGUCCAGCAUUUUGCACAAUUUCAUUAUAGGUAGGUCGGCGAGUCGAUGUGGCGGCUCCUGACGAAUUCAAAUUUCACAAGACGCGUUUGACAAUGCAUGAGGGAUAUUGAUGUGCUUGCGCGCCUAGGAAAAGGUACCAGUGCACAGAAGAUUGACUUGCGUUUGUCAGGGCACACCGCAACUCGGCUCCA